AUGUGGGGACACACGGACAUUCGGGGGGGGCAUGUGGGGGAUGUGGGGACAGACUGGAGACACGCAGGACAUGUCGGGGGUGCACGUGGGGGGUUAAUGGGGACACGCAGGAUGCGGGGACACCCUGGCGACAAGCAGGGCACACGCCGGGAGCACGUGUGGGGACUUGCGUGGGACACGGAGGGGACAUGUAGGAUGCGGGAGACACAGGACACGCAGGACACAGAGUGCACAGAAGAGGACAUCGGGAAGGGGGGAGCGCACAGCAGACACGUGGGACGCAGGAUGGCACAGGCGCGCAGGGGACACGGGAGUCACGGGAAACUCGGAGGGGACCGGCACGGGGACAGGGGCGGGGCGCUGCCGCGGGCGCGCUGGCAGCCCUCGGACAUCGACCCGCGGGCGCUGCGCAGCAUCGCUGCCUACGUGGAGGCCACGGCACUGCCCAACCUGCUGCCCCCCAUCCUGCUGGACGUGUCCCAGGGCUGGGAGACCUGGGGGGGCACCCAGCCCGGCACCCUCGACCUCCUGGUCAGCAUCAACAUGAUGCACAUCGCAGAGCUGCGGUGCACCGAGGGCCUGUUCAGGGGUGCCGGGGUGCUGCUGAAACCUGGAGGAGUGCUCUUCACCUAUGGGCCCUACGCCGUGGACGGCCAGAUCAGCCCCCAGAGCAACGUGGACUUUGACCGCAGCCUGCGGCAGAGCAAUCCCGCCUGGGGGCUGCGGGACACGGCGCUGCUGCGGGAGCUGGCCCAGGCCAACGGGCUGUGCCUGGAGAGGACGGUGGACAUGCCGGCCAACAACAAGAGCCUGAUCUUCCGCAAGCUGUGAGCUGCCCUGGCAGCGCCUCCCGGCGCUGCUGUCCCCAGCGAUGCCUCCUGCAGGGUGUCACUGUCCCACCGUGGCUGCCGCUGGGGCUGGGGACAGCA